GUCGCGCAUGCGCAGCAGUGCACGUGUCAGGACGCGCAUGCGCGGUUCUCCAACACGUGUGCCGCACACAAAAUUUAUACAAAAGAAAGUUUGACAGUGUUUAUAGUCAGAACAGAACCGGUCUGCCUGCAGGGUGCUGCGAUUAAGCGUCUUCGCUCGGGCUGUUUCGAGUCACUUCAGGACGAUGCCGCCGACGAUUCAUCAGAGUUCCGCCUCCGGAAGAGCGCUGUCUCUCCGGGACGAACUCUCCGCUCUCCUUCAGCAGAGGAUUCUGGUUCUGGACGGAGGAAUGGGAACGAUGAUCCAGCAGAGGAACCUGGAGGAGGAGGAUUUCAGAGGUCAAGAGUUCACGGAUCAUCCCAGGAGUCUGAAGGGCAAUAAUGACAUCCUGAGCAUCAGCCAACCACACGUCAUCUACAGCAUCCACAGGGAGUAUCUGGAGGCUGGAGCCGACAUCAUCGAGACCAACACCUUCAGCAGCACCAGCAUCGCUCAGGCUGACUAUGGCAUGGAGGACCUGGCGUAUCGGCUGAAUAAAGCAUCUGCAGAACUGGCCCGGAGAGCGGCGGAUGACGUCUCCACACAGACAGGUUGUAAGCGGUUUGUAGCAGGAGCCUUGGGUCCCACCAAUAAAACGCUGUCUGUGUCUCCGUCGGUGGAGAGACCUGACUACAGGAACAUCACGUUCGAUGAGCUGGUGGAGGCGUAUGCGGAGCAGGUGAAGGGUCUGCUGGACGGAGGCGCUGAUGUUCUGCUGGUGGAAACCAUCUUUGAUACGGCGAACGCAAAGGCGGCGCUGUUUGCCAUCGACAGACUGUUUGAGGAGUGUUACGAACCUCGACCCGUGUUUAUCUCUGGCACUAUCGUGGAUAAGAGCGGCCGCACUCUCUCGGGUCAGACGGGCGAAGCGUUCGUCAUCAGCCUGUCUCACGCUCAGCCGCUGUGUAUUGGUCUGAACUGUGCUCUGGGAGCGACGGAGAUGCGUCCGUUCAUUGAAGCGAUAGGAAAGAGCACCGGAGCGUUUGUCAUCUGUUAUCCAAACGCAGGGCUCCCCAACACCUUCGGAGGCUACGAUGAAACCCCUGACGUCACGGCGUCUCAUAUGAAGGAGUUUGCGGUGGACGGUUUGGUGAAUAUUGUCGGCGGCUGCUGCGGAACAACACCUGAUCACAUCCGGGCGAUUGCUGAAAGCGUGCGUCACGUCAAACCCCGAGUUCCUCCUACAGACGUGUACGGUGAUUAUAUGCUGCUGUCAGGUCUGGAGCCAUUCAGGAUCGGCCCAUACACAAACUUCGUGAACAUCGGUGAGCGCUGUAAUGUCGCUGGAUCACGCAAGUUUGCCAAACUCAUCAUGGCUGGAAAUUAUGAGGAGGCGCUGAGCAUCGCUAAAGCUCAGGUGGAGAUGGGCGCUCAGGUUCUGGACAUUAACAUGGACGAGGGGAUGCUGGACGGAGUCGCAGCGAUGACCCGCUUCUGUAACCUCAUCGCAUCUGAACCGGACAUCGCGAAGGUGCCGCUGUGCAUCGACUCCUCAAACUUCUCGGUCAUCGAGGCGGGUCUGAAGUGCUGUCAGGGCAAGUGCAUCGUCAACAGCAUCAGCCUCAAAGAGGGCGAGGAGGACUUCCUGCGACGGGCGAGACAGGUCCGUCGCUACGGCGCCGCUGUGGUCGUCAUGGCGUUUGAUGAAGACGGACAGGCGACAGAGACGGAUCAGAAGGUGAAGAUCUGCUCGCGUGCGUAUCACCUGCUGAUCAGUCAGGUGGGCUUCAACCCCAAUGACAUCAUCUUUGACCCCAACAUCCUGACCAUCGGCACCGGCAUGGAGGAGCACAGCAUGUACGCCGUCAACUUCAUCAGAGCCACGCGAAACAUCAAGGAGAGUCUGCCCGGCGCCAGGGUCAGCGGGGGUCUCUCUAACCUCUCGUUCUCCUUCAGAGGGAUGGAAGUCAUCAGAGAGGCCAUGCACGGAGUCUUCCUCUACCACGCCAUCAAGGACGGCAUGGACAUGGGAAUCGUGAACGCUGGUAAUCUGCUGGUGUAUGAUGACAUCGAUAAAGAGCUGCUGCUGCUGUGUGAGAACAUCAUCUGGAACCGAGACCCAGAGGCCACCGAGAAGCUCCUGCUGUAUGCACAGAAUAACACUAAAGGAGGGAAGAAAGUGAUUCAGACGGACGAGUGGAGGCUGGGCAGCGUGGAGGAGCGGCUGGAGUACGCACUCGUCAAGGGUAUAGAGAAGUAUGUGGUGGAGGACACGGAGGAGGCGCGCGCUCACACCGAACGCUAUCCACGCCCGCUGCGCGUCAUCGAGGGCCCGCUCAUGAACGGCAUGAAGACCGUCGGAGAUCUGUUCGGAGCCGGGAAGAUGUUCUUACCUCAGGUGAUCAAAUCGGCCCGUGUGAUGAAGAAAGCUGUGGGCCAUCUGAUUCCCUUCAUGGAGAAGGAGCGAGAGCAGAUGAUGUCCGCCUCCGGCUCUACUGAGGAAGUGGACCCCUAUCAGGGGACGGUUCUGAGGUGUCGUGUUAAGAUACAACAACAUCACAUUAGAAAAAAUUUUGUGUGUGUGUUUUUUUUGUGUGUCCUCAGGGUCAUUGAUCUGGGAGUGAUGAUUCCCUGUGACAGGAUCCUGCGGGAGGCUGUUCAAAACAAAGCAGACAUCAUCGGCCUGUCGGGUCUCAUCACGCCUUCACUGGACGAGAUGAUUCAUGUAGCCAAAGAAAUGGAGCGUCUGGGCUUGAAGACUCCUCUGCUGAUCGGUGGAGCCACAACAUCAAAGACUCACACUGCGGUGAAAAUCGCCCCGCGGUACAGCUCUCCCGUGGUUCACGUUCUCGACGCGUCCCGCAGUGUAGUAGUGUGCUCUCAGCUGCUGGAUGAAGGCAUCCGUGAGGACUACUUCGAGGAGAUCCAGGAGGAGUAUGAAGACAUCCGACAGGAUCACUACGACUCACUGAAGGACCGACGCUUCUUGUCUCUGAGUCGAGCUCGAGAGAAGGGCCUCCAUAUCGACUGGCUCUCUCAGCCCAGACCAGUGCGGCCGCAGUUCUUGGGCACACACGUGUUUGACACGUAUGACCUGCGUAAGCUGCUGGACUUCAUCGACUGGAAGCCGUUCUUUGACGUGUGGCAGCUGCGGGGGAAGUACCCCAACCGCGGGUACCCCAAAAUAUUCAACGACAAAACCGUGGGAGAGGAAGCGCGGCGUGUGCAUGAUGAGGCUUUGAAGCUGCUGAACCGGUUGAUUGACAGCCGAGGACUGCAGGCCCGUGGACUCGUGGGAUUCUGGGCCGCUCAGAGUGACGGCGACGACAUCCACCUGUACGCUGAUGAUGUCACGGCACAAAGCACCACACCUGUCGCCACCUUCUACGGCCUCAGACAGCAGGCGGAGAAGGACUCGGCGAGCUCCGAGCCGUACCUGUGUCUGUCUGAUUUCGUGGCUCCUCGUGGCAGCGGUGUUCAGGAUUACGUGGGUCUGUUCGCCGUGUCUGUGUUUGGAGCAGAAGAGCUCUGUCAGAAGUUUGAGCAGCAGGGAGAUGAUUACAGCAGCAUCAUGGUCAAAGCCCUGGCGGACCGGCUCGCUGAGGCGUUCGCGGAGGAGCUGCACGCUCGUGUGCGCAGGGAUCUGUGGGGUUACAGCUGUGAGGAGGAUCUGCCGGCGUCUGACCUGCACCGGCUGCGGUACGAAGGGAUCCGUCCGGCCGCAGGGUACCCCAGCCAACCCGACCACACCGAGAAACACACCAUGUGGAAACUCGCAGACAUACAGGACAAAACCGGUAUCGCUCUGACCGAGUCUCUGGCCAUGACUCCCGCUGCUUCCGUGUCCGGCCUGUAUUUCUCCAACCCCAAAUCCUGUUAUUUCGCUGUGGGUAAAAUCACUAAAGAGCAGGUGGAGGAUUACGCGCACAGGAAGCAGAUGGAGGUGGCGGAGGUGGAGCGGUGGUUGGGUCCGAUCCUGGGCUACGACACCGACUGACACCAAACCGCUCGGAUCUUGUUUUGGCUCAGAUUAGGGAUUUUAAUAUCAAGUAUUAUCUUUACACUACAGAGGUGCUAUCUAGAGCCCUGCUUUUAAUUACAUUUCUAUUUUUAAUAAAACAGUGACGAGCACUUAUUUUAUUUGUAGGCCUGUGGGUUUUAUAAAUUGAUUUCUUAUGAGAUUUAAAGAAAAUAAUGGUACAGAAGACCAGCCGAACUUACAGACUCCAGCAGAUCCUUUACUCACUUCUGUUCGAUUGUGAUUUCAUCUUUUAAUCUGAUCAGGUUUCUGACUGUGAGCGCAGUAAAUUCAGUGAGGUCAGAGUUUGAGUAUUCAUUUUAGACGGUGGCUUGAAAAACAUAAGGACCACUUGUUCAGUACGGUGCUUUAAAUGUUACGCACAAUCCUGCUGUUUUAUUCUAGUUUUAGGAUUUGUUUCAUUCUGUUAAUUUUACUGAACUGAGGAAAAAAUGAGUGAAACUGAUCAUUUAACAUUUGUUAAGAUGAACACUGAAAGAUGUGCUUUCUAUAUUUUCAGAUAAACGGGCUCUAAAUCAAAA